AUGACUAAUUGCAAUAUGCAUACUGUAGAGAGCGUUUUCUUUAACUCUUCGGCUGAGCUGAGUCAUUCUCCGCAGAAUGUGCGUGCGGCGGUGAACGUCUUGAGUCGUGCAUCAGCAGGGGUCCCCGGGACGCUUCUCGACGAGGAAGACGACCCAGGUGCUAGUUACUUGACAAAUGGGUAUCUUGAUACAAUUCUUGAAUGGAUCAUUCCCGGAAAGGAAGAUAUUCGUUUGAGAGAUCUUCCAAGUUUCCUAAGGACCACAAAUCCAGAUGACUUUAUGAUAAAAUUCAUCCUACAGGAAACUGAGAAUGCUCAAAGGGCUUCCGCUAUUAUUUUAAAUACUUUUGAAGAAUUGAAGCAUGAUGUAAUAAGUUCUCUUCCAGCUUAUCUUCCCCCAAUCUAUCCCAUUGGGCUACUACAUGUCCUCGAGAAUCUUUGGAAGGAAGAACCAGAAUGUCUUGAAUGGCUUGAUUCAAAGGAACCAAACUCCGUGGUUUAUGUGAACUUUGGACGCAUUACUGUAGUGGCAUCUGAGCAACUAGUUGAAUUUGCAUGGGCAGCAAACAAACUUUUUUAUGGAUCAUAA